AGAGGAGGAGGAGGAAGAGGAGGAGGAGGUAGAGGAGGAGGAGGAAGAGGAGGAGGAAGGGCGCCAUCUCCUCCCCCCCCCUCCCCUCACUGCUCCCAUGGGCGACGCAGCUCAACCCCCGCGGCCAGGCGUCGGCGUCGGGGUGGUGAUCACCAGCCCCGCGCACCCCGGCUGCGUGCUGCUGGGCAAGAGGAAGGGCCGGCUGGGCGGCGGCAUGUACCAGCUGCCCGGCGGCCACCUCGAGUUCGGGGAGAGCCUGGCCGAGUGCGCCGCCCGCGAGGCGCGGGAGGAGGCGGCGCUGCGCCUGCGCAACCUGCGCUUCGCCUCCGCCGUCAACGCCGCCUGCCCGGCCGCCGGCUACCACUACGUCACCGUGCUGAUGAAGGGGGAGGCGGAGCCGGGGGCGGAGCCGCGCAACAGCGAGCCGGACAAGAAUGAGGGAUGGGAAUGGGUGAAGUGGGAUGAGUUCCCCCCCGCGGAGCAGCUGUUCUGGGCGCUGCGGUGCUUGAGGGAGCAGGGCUACAACCCUUUCAGCGAGGAGCUGGGUCACCUGCAGGGGUACACGGGCAGCCACCAGCUGGCGUAGGAUGGAGCUGCUUCAUCUUCACCCAGUCAUCAUGUUUUAUCUGGUAUGUCUUCAUGGAGAUGGAUAGCCCUUUGGAAGUCACCCAAACCCUGCGGAGAAGCUUGGGAAUGGUUACAGCGUCGUGCCUAAAUGAAGGUGAUUUAAGCCACUGUCCUGCUUUCUGUGUAAAGCUGCGUGGUACAUCGUGCUGCUUUCCUCUCAUUAUAAAUCUUGGGCCAAUUUCUAAAUUUUGCCUCAUAUCCUGACUUCAGUUAAUAUACUGUCAACAUCCAUACUGAAGAAAAAUCUCAUUUUCCAGAGAAUACCUCAUUUUCAUGCAGACAGUUGAAAAACACAGUAUUAUGAACACAAAAAGUUGCCCUGGCUGGUAGGGAAUGAAGAUUCUCUGACCCUUCCUGCCACUGCCUUUCAUCACAGAGGGCUGUUGGCAACCUCAGUGACAUGAGAAUUCAUCUGCAGAAGUGUUAAAGAUAUCUGUGGUUGAUGUUCACUUCUGCCCAUAGAACUUAACACCUUACUGGAGAGGUGCCUACAGUGUUCUGCCAGGCUGAUGUAACUAACACUGUGAAAACUAAUCUCAUUUAUAGCUGUAACUACGUCAGACAGGUGCACUUCUCUGCUGAAUAGGAUUGUCACUAUUAUACAGUAUGGUUGGGUGUCAUUCUUUACAGCUGAGGCUUGAUAGAAUUCUUAAUUUUCAGCAUGAUAUGAACAGAUGAUUAAAUUGGUAGAGAAGGAAGGGACAUAUGUGCAUACGCACACAAAACCAAUGAAUUUAAAUGUUAUUUUUCUACCAUCUAACACAAUUUGAUCUGGUCAUUAGGAUUUCAGCCAUUAAUUUUAGGGUAAGGAUGGACUACAAAUAAAAAAAUCAGAAUUGCUUUCAUCUUUUUCUAUUUAGGGUUCUUUUGGAACACAGUUUUUUUUUCCAUUAAAUAUACUCAUUGUAAAAAUGAUCUGAUAUGCAUUUAAUUUCUUUUAAAUAAACAAUAUUGGAAGAUUAAAAUUGUCUGAAAUUGUGAAUUGGCUCGUCAAUUCUUAAAGGAAAUGAGAUUGAAUGGUUAAAGCUUUUCCUUACUUUACACAGAGCCAUCUCCAUUUAAGAAAGUUUCUCCCCUGUGAAACAGGCAGAGUGAUACAAAGUAUAAGGGUGCUGAUGAUGAUUGCAAGGCUCCUGUGUUGAAUUCAAAGCAUUAACUAUGGGCAACUUCCCUUCCAACAGAUACAACGUGAAGCUAAGAAAGUAGCUGUGGUUAAAAAGCAGUUUUGAAAUGGAAGAUAUCAGUGAAACUUUCUUCACAGCCCUAUCUUUGUACAGAACAUUUUUUCUGUUGAAUUCAAAAGCGGAGAUUUUCCUCCCAAAAGCAACUUAAUGUACACUGAAAAUUAUUCUAUUCAGCUGUCAACAAAGAGGCUGUAGGAAGAGUCGACAGAUGUCCAGCCCAUCUGUCCCAAAGAAUAAUGGAAAAAAAAAUAGUAAUUCAAACAAUUUAGUGCUGUUUUAAAUUUUAAAAGGUAUCUAAGUCCUGAUGGGAAAACCCAGGUCACUGUAAAAUCGUUUGUAUUGCAAAAAAUAUUUUGUUACAGUUAAUGACUAUAUUCACUCUGUGUGUUGUAAACAGGCAAGAAGUUUCUGAAAUUAGGACAGAUAACAUCUCCAUAUGUCAAUUACUGUAUCCUUGCUAAGCGGCCUGAUUAAAUGACAGCACAUUACCACAA